CUUCCUACCCCCCUGCUUAUCUGUCAUUGCCUUUCCUCACCCAGAUAGCAGCCACAGUCAGUUUCACACAAUCCAAGUUUUGCAUGUAUCUGCAAUCCUCAGCCAGAGAUACAGUGCUGUAGUAGCUUUUGAGAGGCAAUUCCCCUAUUGGAUUGCGAAAAGGACCUGUGAGCAGCAAAUCCUACGAGAAAGGACUUGCAAGCGUUUUGACCAUACAUACAUUGGCCAGCAGAGGGCAACACGAAUCCAACUUCUAUUCCCGACCCGGAUGUGUCGUCACAGCAGAAUUUCCUUUUCUGAGGGUCACAAUUCUAGUUGAGAUGAUAUGAGCUCUAUCAUAGCAUGAUGCUGUGAAGAACUGUGAAGUAAUGGCUAGAAAUAUACUCUGUGUCCAACUGGAACAUACCACAAGGCAGCACUGGCAGAAAGUGUUGUAUAAGAGGCAAUCAUUUCCUGAUAACUAUGUGGAUCAAAGUUUCUUAGAGAAGCUGCGCAAGAAUGUCCAUGCACGCAAGUACCAGUACUGGGCAGUGGUGUUUGAAUCUGGAGUGGUGAUACAGCAACUGUGUAGCGUCUGCGUCUUUGUCGUCCUCUGGUGGUACAUGGAUAUGGGCCUGCUGGCUCCCCAGUGGCUGUUCGGAGCUGGCUUGAUCUCUUCCCUUAUUGGUUAUGUUCUCUUUGAUGCCGUUGACUCAGGGAGAGAAAGAACUCAAAGUGGCCAGACACGGUGGGGAGAUCUGAAGAAUUCUGUGAUAUUUGUGGCAUUCACCUAUGGCUUCUCUCCUGUGCUGAAGACCUUAACUGAGUCCAUCAGCACCGACACUAUUUAUGCUAUGUCUGCCCUCAUGCUCCUAGGACAUCUGAUCUUCUAUGACUAUGGGGCAAAUGCAGCUAUUGUGUCCAGUACACUGUCCCUCAACAUGGCUAUCUUUGCUUCAGUCUGCUUAGCUUCACGGUUGCCACGGUCCUUACAUGCCUUUGUCAUGGUGACAUUUGCUAUCCAAAUAUUUGCCCUAUGGCCUAUGCUACAGAAGAAACUCAAAGCUCAAACCCCCUGUUGCUACAUGAUAGUUACCUUGCUCUUUGCUUUGUCUUCCUUAAUGGGACUACUUACCAUUUCCAGCGUUGGCACUGUUCUUUUUGCCCUCCUUUUGAUCACCAUCUCAUGUCUGUGCCCUUAUUGCCUCAUUAGGCUGCAGCUCUUCAAAGACAAUAUCCACGGACCUUGGGAUGAAGCUGAGAUCAAAGAAGAUCUAUCCAAGUUCCUUAUGUAGACCAGGAAUCCAUACUUUGGGGUUCAGUUCUUCCAAUUAUUCUAGUCAUCGCUAAUAAAAGUUUAUUAACUCAUUUGAAUAGGUAAGGAAAGCAGAAACAAUUGAAGCAAGCAGAAAUGAAAUAUUCUUGAAAAUGCCUGAGAACAAUUUAUUCAUAACCUGACAUGUUUCCAAUAAAAAUAUUUUAUCAAGAAA